AUGUCGAGGAAGCGGCUGAACGCCAGCGGCGUCGUAGCGGUGCCAUCGUCCAUGGCGCUUGCGCUCACUGCAGCCGGCAGCGGCGACUGCUGGGAGCUGUCGGCCACCUGCGCUGGCAGCGGUGUGCUGCGGCUCCGCGUGGCUGACCUGGGCUACUCGUGCGCUGAGAGCGUGUUUGUGGUGGAGGAGGCGCCCGGCGGGCUCCUGGCUUUUAGGGCCAUCGGGGCCCACGGGCUGCCGCUGGUGGCCUCGUCUCAGCGCGAUGCGCCCCACUACGUGGGGCCAUGCCCCUCCUCCGGCGGCAAGCAGGCAGGGGCGGCGGCGAUGUGGCGCCCGUCGCAGAUGGGUCUGACCAACCCCAAAACCGGCAAGCGCCUGGGCUUUGCGGUGGUGGAGCUGUUUGCCGUCUCUUCUGAGAGCCUCAAGCACCUGGAAAAGGCUGCGGCCGACCAGCACGGCACGGCGCUGGCGCAGGUGGCUGCUCUGCAGGCGCAGCUGGCGGCAAGCGAAGCAAAACGGCAGGAGCAGGAGCAGGCAGCCGCGCUGGAGUGGCGGCGGAUGCACCUGGAGACAUCCCGCCUGUCUGAAGAGCUUCGGCGCGCCGACAGCGUGCAGAAGGAGGCACGCGCAGCGGCCAACAGCGCGGGGCUGCGCGUGCUGCAGCUGGAGCAGCGGGUCGGCCAGCUCAGCACAGACAAGCAGGCUGCAGCGCAGGCGCUGUCGGCGUCUGAGGCGCGUGCAGAGGGGCUCUGCCAGCGCCUGACCGCGCUAGAGGCUGCGCAUGAGAAGGAGCGCCGCAGCUGGGCGUCAGACGUUGAGGGGGCGCUGCAUGUCGAGCGCGCUGCGCGGGCCGAGGAGCUGGCGGCGGCGCGCAAGUCGCUGGCUGAGCUGCAGGAGAGCAUCGCGGCCCGCGUGAGGACCGCAGCGCACAAGGAGGCGGCGCGCGCUUCGCUGGCGGCAGAGCUGGUGUCGCGCGACGAGGAGCUGCGCCAGCUGGCGGCCGCCAACAGCCGCCUGGACUACGCCCUGCAGACAAUCCACCGCCACAUCCAGCGCGGCAGCCCCCACUCUUCCCCGCACCGAGCGGCCGCAGAGCGCUCCUCCCUGUCCUCCAUCAGCCUGGGCGAGCUUCGCGGCGUGGUCGGCGCGAUGAGAGCCGGGGGCGGGCGGCAGGGGGUCCCGGGGUCCAACAGCGCCGCCGACCAGCUUCGGCUGUGGGAGUUGCUGGGGGACGGCCCACAAGAGCACGAGUUUGAGGACGACGGCAGCGAAAGCGACAGCGGCAUCAGCAGCGGCAGCCGCGACGCGGCCAGGCGCAGCGGCGCGGGCGAGAGCAGGGCGCGCAAGGAGGGCCAGGCGGAGUGGGAGAGCCCCGCGCGUGCAGUGGCGGGUCGCAGCAAGGCCGCGGCAGAGGAGAAGCUUGAGGGCGGCGGCGCGCUGGCGAGUGCAAGGAGUGUGGACGUCCCGCCCCAACCGCGACGAUCCCCUGUCAAGCUUGGGCGGCGGACAGACGGGGCGGCUGACGAGGGGCCCCACGCCGAGGCGCCCUCUUGGCCGGUGGCGAGCGAGGAGGGCUGCGUGCUGCUGCGCCCCCGGCGUGGCGCCGGCGCCCUCAUGGCCAGCGGUGCGCCAGCCGCCUCUUUCCACGGUCACGGCGGUGGCGGCGGUGGCGGCACCGACGACGCCGCGUCUUCGUCCGCCGGCUGCAGUCUGAGCAUGCGCGCGCUGGGGGAGGCGGCACGGUCCAUGGGGAGCGGCAGCAUGGGCCGGCGCAGCAGCGAAGCUGGGAGCCACCGCUACUCCCAAGGAGAGUCGGACGAUGAAGCCGCUGCUGGCUGCAGGGGCCAGGGCGGCCUGGCCGGCGUGGCCCACGACGCCGUCAACAGCCUCGGCGCCCGCGACGGGAGGGGGGUGCCUGCGGCGACGACGGAGGACGGCCAGUGGCUGGAGGGGGCGCAGCGCGGCAGGAGGGGUGCGCCUGCCGGGGCGGCGUACGACUGGACCCACCAGCAGUCGCAGAACGACCAGCUGCUGGCGCAGCUGCAACAGCUGGAGCAGCAGCAGGAGGGCCGGCAGGCAGGCUGCCUUGUCUCGGCUGCAGUCGCGCACCACCAGCGCGAGCAGCGGCAGCAGCACCAGCAGCAGCAGGGCCGCCAGCAUCGGUCGCGCUACGAGCAGCCGCGCUCCUCGCGUGCAUCCAGCGGCGCGGCGCGGGCCCACGCGUUGCCCUCGCACGUGUCUGCUGCACCUGUUGGUGCAUCGGGGCCUGAAGGAGCUGCAGUCCCUGUGGUGGAGCACCGCGGCCGAGUCGUGGGGGCCAGCAGCGCGCACCUGUCGCCUGUCAAGGAGGAGGCGGACCAGGCCUCCAGGUCCCUGCUGGCGUCCCCUGGAGGCCGCCCCAGCGCUGCGCGCACACUCAGGCUGCGCCCCGCGCCGCUGACACGCGGGGCAGUCCCGGGCCAGCCGCGGCACCCGGGCUCUGGCGACGUCGGCGGCGGCAUUUCCGGAGGCCGCACUACGGGCGGCAGCGGUGGCGGUGGCGGCAGCGGCAGUGGCGGCGGUUCUGUGUCUUUUCAGAUGGCGGACGCAAUAGCAGCCAUGGGCACUGCAGACCCUAGGCAGGCCGCGGCGCUGAUCAACCUGGUGGCGGACCCACUCACCACCACGCGCCUGAUGCGCCACGCAUGA